AAUGCCUGGUGUUGGUAGGUAGGUGCGAAUGAGACAUGGUCCUUAUCUGGCUUUGAUUUGGCUACGUCUCCUUUGGAUGGCGAUCGGAGAGGAGCCUCCUCUUUUGGCCCUGCUCCCACCAGAUGACUUCGCGGGCAGCGACAGCUCAAGCUUGCUACUGUCUCUUCACAUCAAGAAGACCGACGGCUUGUGCGAGCAGAUGCUUGCCCGCGGGAGUGUGCUGCCUGCGGAGGUCACCAAGCUUUUCACCACCACGCAGGACAAUCAAGCCUCGGCCCGGCUGGAGCUCUAUGCUGGAGAGCGUCCCUUCUGCGAGGGGAAUCGUUUUUUGGGGAUGCUGGAGCUUGCGCCGUUGCCCAUGCCCUCGUACCGCUCCUUUGUGCAACUGGAGGUGACUCUCCUUGUGGACUCCGGGGCCAUUGUUUGCCGGGCCGCCGAAGUGGAAAGCCGUGCGUUAGGGGAACCCUUCUGUGAAGCUGAGUGGCGUGGAGAGAUCGGCUUGGGCGGUCCACCUCCGGCUUGCAGCCCCUACAGUGAGGUGACUCUGUUCUCCCACGCGUUGACCAAGCAUUUGCCGGUCCUGUUGCCCACGCGCAGCGUGCGGCUGGGCGGGCGGGACGUCAUCAUCCGACAGCACCAGCGCCGGGAGCAGGAGCGGAUCGGCACCGGAGGCGUGCUCUGGGAGGCUGCGAUCGUGCUGGCAGACUUCGUGGGGCGCAACGGGGAGCAGUUGGCGUGGGCCGGGAAGAAGGUCCUGGAGCUGGGGGCGGGCACGGGGCUGGUGGCCAUCGCCCUGGCCCACGCGGGCGCCUCCGUCACCGCCACGGACGGGAACCUCCGGGUGCUCCAGGGCGCGGAGGCCAACCUCCAGGCGGCCCAGCCCUUCGCGGGCUCCGUGGCGCUGGAGGUCUUCGAUUGGAACUCCGCGGAAGAUCUGGCGAAGAUCCAGCGGCUGGGUCCUUGGGACGCCAUCGUCGGGAGCGAUUUGGUGUACCCCGGCAAUGCGGGCAAGAAGUGCGUGGAUUCCAAUGCUCUUUCCCCGCCAGCGGACCAAACUUUGAUCGAGCUACUCGAAGCCUUGAGGAAUGACCAGACGCAGAUGAUCCUGGCGCUGAAGGAUCGAACUGGCGAGCUGGAGCGUUUCAACGCCACGCUGCUCCGGCACGGCUUCUCUUCACGGCGUGCAGUGCCAGACUCCAUCAUGCCGGAGUUUCGAGAUAUUCCCCAAGUUGCUGUACUUCAUCUGGAGAAAACAACGUGGCGUGUGUCAAACCUAUGCCUUGCCAUAGCAGGUUGUCUUUGGCUUUUUGUUGAAUCCAUCCCCAAAUCCAAGUGCAACUAUGCACGAUGUUUCACUCAAAUCAGUAGGUGUGAGCGUGUUUCUUUUAUUACUCUCAUUCUCAUUCUCAUUGAACGUUUAAGGUUGCGUUUACCGUAUGUAGACGCCUGUGAAGCGGUUGCGUCCACUUAACUGCCUUCAAUUUGUGUUGGCUUUGGAAUGCAUUCUAUUGUUAGCUCGGCCUUCCCCUGCAGUGUUGGUCUUUGAGUGCUUGCCGUCCUGUGCUGCUCUGCAGUAGGUUUAUGGAUUGCGCGGCAAGCAGCGCAGCCGUUUUCUGAGACCCGACAUAGAGUUGGCUGGGUGCAAAUAUGCACGUCGCAGCGGCCCUCUUGUUCUGUGCUGCCGCUGCGGCCAUGCCAAGUGGGCCAAGCUGUGGAGAGGACAGUCUGCUGGUGCAGGUGGCCAUGAAAAAGCAAGAGUGCAAGCCGGGGAACUUGGCUGCAUGGCUUGGAGUUUGGCUUGUGAGCUUGCCGAUCGCAUCCUGAUCGAUUUCGCCGACAAUCCCUACGUUUUCAAUUCAACCUGCACGGAGUUGACAAUGAUUUGCGGGACGAGAGAGGAAAUUGAGAGACCCGCUUGGAAUUUGAUGGUGAAGGUGAACCCGUUCCCCCUCGAGUUUGUAGCAGAGAAGAUCCUUGGCUUUGCCGUUGAGGCCGUAGCAGAAACAGUCCCCAUUCUCGGCGAUGCCAUCUCUUUUGCAUCAAAGACCUUUGAUUGAAUUUGGCCAUCAGAAGCGCCUGCGAACAGCCCAUGCAGUGAGUUGGGGAAAGUGCCUGUGGCAGCAGAUGCUACCAUUUGCCGAGAAGUUUGUCGCCGAGAAGCUGGAAGAAGUUUUGGCAAGUUCUAUGAAGACAGUCAAUGGAAUCAAGGGGCGCAUCAAUGAUAUCUUGACAUUUGCCAUCGCUGCCUCCACUAAGUUGCCCAACGGCGAGAUCAUCAAUCGAGCCCUGAGGUUGUGCAGAGGAUGCAGGAAAACUUACAUGCCGAGCACACGUAGUUAGUUUCUUCAUGGACUACAGCAAGACUGUGUACGCAUGCUUGUCGCAAUUUGGAUCCCUGCACACCAUCUUGACGGGAACAUUGAUCUCCAAUACCGAGAUCCCGAUUGUCGUGUUGAUCUGCAAGAAAGAGUGUGCCUGCUACGCUAUGACCAUCUGCAACCGCUCCGUUCGUGAUACCCAGGCCCGUAUGAAGAGCAUCACUCAUGCAAUCAUUUCAAGCGAGUGCAUGACUCGGUGGUGCCCAACCCCGCACGUCUGGGAAGACAGUCGUGCUACAGCAAGGUUUACGAAUGCAGGGAUGGCAAUGCCAGGUGCAGCUAUAACCUUGUUGGCGAACUUGGUAGAAACAAGGCCUGCAUGGGUGAUUGCGAGACAAUGUGCUUCCCCUUUGAGGGCUAUGCCAAGAGAGAGAGAUGGAGUGUGGCAACAGCAGAAACACCGCCAGGGAACAGACGUACCAGUACUGGAAGUACAUGCUUGCCCCGAUCCCAGAAUGGGUGAGCACGACUAUCCAAAUGCAGAAGUUGGAGCCUCAUCCAGGUCCUGUAGGGACCAAGUGGAGUUGCCCAAAAUUCACCUGACAGGCGUUCUGCGCAAGUCAAAAUGACAAAGUCGGCUGAGUGCUUGUAUUUGCAAUUCGGCCACACUGUCGACGCCCGUUUGUUUUGAGCCGGCAAAGACAGGCCUCAACGGUGCCAAACCAGGCUCGCAGUUUUACGAACACGUCCAAAAAGAGAGAGCGUAGCAAGAUUGCGCAGAGUGCUUGGGGUCGAGAGAGUGCUAGCGCAAGUCCAAC